GCACACUGAGGCUACUGCCAAGAGGCCGCCCACCUCGCCGAGAAGUUCCCCUCAUGUAACAAGCGUAGUCCCGCCGAAGCUGGGUUAACUAGAACUACAGACGGUUCCUUGUUGGGUUCUGCAAAAAUACAGAAGUAGCCUUAAAGUACCGCUAGCUGUUAGCUGGUAAGGCUAAGCUGACGCCGAUACUCCCUGCAAACAGACAGGAUCUAUCAGUCAGGAUGGCUAAAAGCGAGCCAGAGGAGAUGAUAGAGAUAGAGAUAGAUGAACGGGAGAAACAAGCAUGCCUAGAGGAAGGCAUUGAGGAGCAGACAAUCACUGCAUCGGAUUUAGUUCAACAAGACAUUGACAUCAACGAGCCGAUUGGGAAUCUGAAGAAACUCUUGGAGCCUCGGGUCCAGUUCUGUCUGGAUGGAUUCGACAUUUGCUUACAAGACAUUCAGCUUCACCCGGAUCACAGCCUCUUUGAUCAGGGAGUGAAGACAGAUGGCACCGUGCAGCUCAGCUUGCAGAUUAUAACCAGACCAGGAGAAGAGAAGCUGAACAUUUUGGAAAUAGUGAAGCCGGUAGAAACAGUAGAAGUAGUGAUUGACCCGGAUGCUGCAGGAGAAGAUGGGACAAUGGUGGAGGAGGGGCAGCUGAUUGCGGUGGAGCGGUCUUCCCUGACUGAUGAGACCUCAGAGCAGGUGACACGAUGGGCCGCGGCGUUGGAAGGUUAUCGCAAAGAGCAGGUUCGGCUAGGAAUACCAUACGACCCCUUGCUCUGGACAGCUGAUCAGGUGAUCCAUUGGGCCGUUUGGGUCAUGAAGGAGUUUAAUAUAGACGAGAUGGAAAUCGGCAGCAUCCACAUCCCUGGACGAGAGCUCUGCUCUUUCAGCCAAGAGGAAUUCCUUCAGAAAGUGCCCAACGGCGAGAUACUGUGGAGCCACCUGGAGCUGCUGCGCAAAUAUGUGUUGGCCAGCCAGGACCAGUCAGGGGGGGACGCCACCGUCACUAUUGAUCAACCUGUUCAAAUAAUUCCAGCCCAAGUCAGCACCCCUACUGCUAUAAAAGUACUGAAACACAACCGGGGCCCCAGAGCACCCCGAAUUUCAGGAGAGGAGCGCAGUUCACCCGGCAACCGCACAGGUAACAACGGUCAGAUCCAGUUGUGGCAGUUCCUGCUGGAGCUUCUGACGGACAAAGACGCCAGAGACUGCAUCUCUUGGGUUGGCGAGGAGGGAGAGUUCAAGCUCAACCAGCCGGAGCUUGUGGCACAGAAAUGGGGCCAACGCAAGAACAAGCCAACAAUGAACUAUGAGAAGCUCAGCAGAGCCCUGAGGUACUACUACGACGGUGACAUGAUCAGCAAGGUGCAGGGCAAGCGCUUUGUCUACAAGUUUGUAUGCGACCUGAGGACUCUGAUUGGCUACAGCGCCGCCGAGCUCAACAGCCUGGUGACCGAGUGCGAACAGAAGAAACUUGCUCGCAUUCAGAUGCACGGCAUCGGACAGCCCAUCACCACGGUGACGCUGGCUACCACUCUGGAUAAGGACAGCUGAAGGAGUCCGCGGCUGGAAACUGUACAUUAGGCCAGCCAAGCUGAUCUCUGAUUAGCCUGGAUUAAAAACUUGUAAAUACAGUGAAAUUCAGCUUAGACUGAGGCAGGUGUUUUUUUUUUUUUGUUAUUUUAGCUUUUCCUCAACUACCCAACUGAAGCGUGCCCAGGAUGAGAGUGUUUAUAGUGAAGGACUGGUGCGUGCAUGGCUGAAUGAGUGUGACUGAAAUCCAAAUUAAAAGCUUUGUUUUGUGCGCUUUUUCUGUGUAAUCCAGGAUCUUUUCCACUGUAUAUACAAAUAUUUCAUGUUUUUUGAUAGCCACGAAGGCAAUGUAUUUUCAUAAGACUCGUUUUGUAUUUUAUUUAGUGCAUUUCCCUAAAGUGUUGGACCCUUUUUUUUUUUGUCCGCCAAAGGGGAAUAAAGUGACAAGCAUUUUCUAACA